AUUGUCUCUCCGCUCUCCAUCAUCAUCUGCACUGCGAGGCGAGCGGGGAGCGCUAACAAAAUGUCAACUGGAUCAUGGACGUGAGCGGGUGGUGCUGCGCCGUGGCCUGCCGCAACAAGUUGCCCUCGCCAUGCGGAUCCACUGCAGAGUACUUGUGCUCGCCUUGUGCCUCGGAGUUUUCUUACUUUUAUACUUUUUAGGGGGAAACACUGCGGACGAGCCGCUGUUGAAACAAGUUGUAAUUUUGAAGCCAGAGGAGAAGCGCAACUCUUCACCGUCGCCAUCGGAGCUCGGACGCGAUGUUGCAGCGAAGUUUGCGGCAAAGAAACCACCGCUCAAGGCUCGGAAAGAGGGGAAAGCAGUCAUCAAAGUGGCAAAUGCGAAAAGCAAACAGCGAAGCAAUGUGGGCCGACCUGUGACGAAACGAGCCCGAGCGGGGGAGGACAUGCACCUGGCUGUGGUAGCCUGUGGGAACCGUCUGGACGAGACCCUGACCAUGGUUAAAUCGGCCCUCCUGUUCAGCUUGAAGAAGAUCACAUUUCACAUAUUUGCAGAAGACCCACUGGCCCCGCUGUUUGAAGAGAGGCUGAAGCAGUGGCCCCGCUCUGUCACAGCUAAGUUUCACUUCACCAUCUACCCCAUCACCUUCUCAGUGGGUGAUGCGGAAGAGUGGAAGAAGCUGUUCAAGCCAUGUGCUGCACAGAGACUCUUCCUCCCUGUCAUUCUGAAGGAUGUAGACUCUUUGCUCUACGUUGACACAGAUGUACUAUUCCUCCGGCCCAUGGAUGAUGUCUGGAGUUUCUUUAAAGCUUUCAACAGCUCCCAACUUGCCGCCAUGGCCCCAGAGCAUGAGGUCCCAAAGAUCGGAUGGUACAGCCGCUUCGCACGGCAUCCUUUUUACGGGGUCACAGGGGUUAAUUCUGGAGUGAUGCUCAUGAACCUCACGCGGAUCCGCAGCACACUGUUCAAAAACAGUAUGAUCCCCAGUGGCCUGUCGUGGGAGGAUCUGCUAAAUCCACUCUACCAGAAGUACAAGAACCACAUCACCUGGGGUGACCAGGACCUCCUCAACAUCAUUUUUCAUUACAACCCAGAGUGUCUUUUCAUCUUCCCCUGCCAGUGGAAUUACAGGCCUGACCACUGCAUGUAUGGAAGCAACUGUAAAGGGGCCGAACAGGAGGGUGUGUCCAUUCUGCAUGGAAACCGCGGAGUGUAUCAUGAUGACAAGCAGCCGGCCUUCAAAGUUGUCUAUGAUGCAAUCCGUGAUUAUCCCUUUGAAGACAACAUGUUCCAAUCCCUGUUCUACCCCAUUCAGACUAAGUUCCUUGACACAGUCAACACUUUGUGUGGUCGAAUCCCUCAAGUUUUCCUGAAGCAGAUAGAAAAGACUAUGAGGAAAGUGUUUGAGGACAAAGUGAUUCGCCAUGCCCGGCCCCGCAAGUAGCUGCUGGUGUGAAGAACAGAAAACAAACAGUGAUAAUUGUGUUGGUAUCACUCAAGCCAUGGAAUGUUACUCUUCUGUUGAGCCUUCUAAUUGACACAGGAAAGGAAAUAUGAAGAAAUGAACCUAUGAGCAGCAUACAGUGCAGGUCAUUGAUGCUGCAUGAUCAGCAUGUAAUUUUCAUUUGCCACCUGUGAACAAAAUUAUUAAAUUGAAGUGAAAAUGUUUUUUCAUGUUUGAAGAAAGGCCUUUCAUCUUUUCUACAUCCCCUUAAAACCAGCAUCUCAUAUUGUCAAGUAAAUCAUCAUCAUAUUCUGUUGUAGUCAUGUUCCAUGACAGACCUCAUUCACUGGUCCAAAGGGGGAAUGCUUUUUUUUUUAAGAUAUAUAUAUUUUAUUUAAGGCUUCAUGUGUACAAUGAUGUGUCAAAUUACUUUAAUUUAGUGUUCGGAUUGUUUUGUCAAAUCAGUGUACAUAUUUUAUCCCUAAAAUUUUAUUUUAUCAGUAGUCACCCUUUUUUAUUUUUCAUGCAAUGAAUGUAAGGGGAAGAGCAAUCAAAUCAAUAUGGGGUAAAAUUACUACGCAUAAAAGACAUGUCACAGUAGUACAGUGGUCUUAGUAUGGCUUAAUCUGACUGUUAUGGUUUGAGUGUUUCCUUAUUUAUCAAAUUUAUAAAAUAUACAUUUUAUAUCAAUACAAACUGAAUUAUCUUUAUUGAGCAAAUUUCAACACUACACCAAAUUAUAUUUAUUAUCACAUUGAUAAUUUGCUAUACCCAGAAAUAAACAGUAAUAAGAUGUUUAAUAACUAACACAAAAAGCACAAACUUGAAAAUUAUGGACAUCUUUGAACUGUGUUAUGAAGACCACUUAAUUUAUUGUGAAGCCUCUUUUUCAGAAAUACAUUUUAAAAUUGAAUGACAAAUUUAAAUGUUGAAUUAUGUAUUAAACCGUUUACCCAUCUGGCUUUCAGUAAGUGUGCUCGGUUUGGACAUGCCAAAUGGUGUCCCAUGUUUACCGUGCACUUCUACUCUGAUGCUUUUUUAAGUUUUACCUUUUACUACAAUGUCUUUAACCACUCUUAUAAGAUGUGAAUGUUUUACUUGAAAAGAAAGCCUGUGGUUGAAUUUUGGUGCAAUGCCAAAUGACAGUAUUAAAUGCAGCACAAAAAAAUACUUUUGCCAAACAUACCGAAUGCUGAAAUGCACUUUGAGAAUUGCACAGAUCAGGGCAAGAGUUUUUUUUUUUUUCUCAGUGAAUCUGAACCAACUGUGUAAGAAGAGUGUGUGCCAUAUGAAACAUCACAUGUGUCAUAUUUUCUAUUAUCUAAAAACUGUUUGAGAUAGAGGAGUAUGCCUGGAUGUAUUUCUGAUAUAAUGUCAUGUCAUUGAACUGGAAUUAAGUAAAGGUGGAUUUUUUGAAGAAA